CUAUCAGGGCGGAGUCGGAUGGACCUAUGCGAAAGGUGCAUGUCGACAGGACAGGAAAGAUGGUCGGACUUUCGUACUUUGGCAGGCGAGUAGUGCGAGAAAUGAACAGGAUUGGGAUGAUCGUGGACCUCAGUCACUCGUCCCUGUGGACAAUGCAACAUGCCCUUGAGGAAUCCACUGCUCCGGUCAUCUUCUCGCAUUCCGGUGCCCAAGGCGUUUGCAACAGCUCCCGCAAUGUCCCAGACGACAUCCUUCGCCUCCUGGCCUUGAACGAGGGCAUUGUCAUGGUCCCGUUUUACCCGCCGUUCGUGUCCUGCUCCAGCGCUGCGACGAUCCGAGACGUCAUCCGGCACAUGAAUCACAUAAGGCGAGUGGUCGGUGUGGACCAUAUCGGGAUCGGAUCCGACUUCGAUGGCAUUGAUUUGGUACCAAGUGGUUUGGAGGACGUUUCCAAAUAUCCCCACCUUUUGGCAGAAUUGUUGGCAGAGCCGGGUUGGACCGAGGAAGACGUGAAAAAGGUCGCCGGACUUAAUUUCCUGCGAGUUUUCAAGAAAGUUGAACAAGUGAGUCUCAAAUUCUCUGCGGCGCACAAGACCGGAAGAACUGCCGAUUCUGCCCACGGACCUCGUCGGCCACUUGAACUGCACUUACCUCGGGGACUGAGCUGGACAGGGGGAAAUUGGAACAAACACUUUGCGUCGAGACCAUCGACGUCAACGUCGACGUCGACAUCUUCGACGAUGACCGACAGCCAAGCCCCCCGCACCCGGAACAAUGCUCUGGCCUAUACAGGGGUCGAUCGGAAAACUCGAAUUUUCCGCGAAAUCUUUCGAUCUCUCACGAGUGCUGUUCGUCGUCGUCGAGCAUUCCCCGGGUUAAAGCAGUGA